AUGGCAAGGAUACUUGUCACGGAUGCGGAAGGCCUGGUAGGGAAAUACGUGGUGUCGGAACUUGUUUCCAAGCGGCGCGCUCAAGAUACCGCAACCCCAACAUUGCCAGGGUUGGUUGGCAUGAUUGUCCGUGCUGGAUAUCACAGCCAAGAGGCGCUCGAAGCAGCAAUCGCGAGUAAUACCCAUCCGGAAAUGGUGGAGCCGGUGAUGGUCGACUGGAAAGACGAAACCACCUUUCUCGAUGCGCUGACGGGUGUGCACAGCUUGUUUCUGCUGACACCGUUUACGUCAGCAAAGCUUUCUCAGUGCCGCUCGUGGAUCGAUGCAGCAGCCAAGGCCAAGGCCGUGACUCACGAGGCUGAGAAUAAACUGCACGUCGUCUAUGCCGGCGUGCAUUGCAACGACCGAGACGAAGCUGACCGGGUACCACAUGAGACGUGGCAUCUGCAGGCCGAAAAUGCAAUCUCUGAAGCCACGCACGUCUUCGCGUCCUCGACGUUCCUCCGCAUCAACUUUGAUGGCUACAACGGUACGCUACGGCCAGGGGAAAUCGCAUACUUCCUCCCGGCAGACAAGAAGUAUGGGUGGAUUGCCCGCGAAGACAUAGCUGCCGUGGCCGCCGUCUCGCUGCUUGAGCCGUCAAGACACGCGGGUAGGACUUAUCCGCUCGCGACGGAGAAGCUGAGUCUGGUAGACAUGGCAGAUAUCGCAAAAGACAUAUGUGGCUUCGACGUGGGGCCACGUCGUUUAUCGAGCGACGAGUUUGCGCGCAUGGCUCUCAGUCCGCUGGCGAACCCGGACGACGACCCAGGCUAUGUAGAGUACAUAGAGUCGGUUGCACAGAUGUUCCAAGGACUAGAGAAGGGCCAAUAUCCGAGUCAUACUGAGGUCUUCCCUGAGGUGGUUCGGGAGAUUUGUGGACGAGAGCCCAUCUCGUUCAGGGUAUGGUUGACUCAGUCUCCAUUCCGUGUGAAGUUGGAGCCUUCUUGA